AAUUCUGAUGAGUUAGGGUCUUGUUCUCUCGACUCAUUCUCCCACUCUCAAACCAGAAAACCAGAAAGAAGAACAAAACUGGAAAGUCCUCUGCAUAACUUUAUUGGUUCCCAAUAAACACAGACAAUCAUUCGUUUUUCUCAGUAGAUAUUGUUACACAAUGGUGAAGCUGGCGUCGGCAAGGGAAUUCCGAAUGUACGGCCCACGGCUGAGCCGGAACCGGGCCGAGUACAUGAACGCGGGGCUCUACGUGUUUGCCACCGUGGUGCUGCUUGGCGGGUUCGUGGCUCAGCUGUCGAAAGAACCCAAGUCAGGCCUAGUCCUGAUGCUAAUAGCCUUGGCGUUAAUUUUGGUGGUGAAUUUGCAUGAUCUGGUGGCACAUCUUGCCAUGUUCGAUUACCGGAUGCCGUUGAUGGAGUUCGACUUGCAGCUCGCCCUCGUCGUUGCUGUCCCGGUGGUUCAGGCUUUGGGAACGGUUCUUUCGUUCUUGGGAAUUCUUUUCCUCCUAAUUCAGGCGGAGAAAGGAUAUGGAUACUCUAAGCUUGAAAGGCAUGCGAAGAACAUGCUCAUUGCUGGUCCUGUUUUGUGGCUGCUCGGAUCGAUCCACAAUUCAUGCCAAAUCUACGAGAGGGCAGACGGGCAUGUCCAAAUACUGCAACAAAGUAUCCACAUCCCUUUUCUGAUUGGGAGUGUCUUGUUCACAGUUGGUGCAAUUCUCAACAGCCGUGAGCAACAUGGAUUGUUCCUUCAUGGCCUACAGCUACUGGGUAGGAAUUGGGUGUGGCUGGGGAUGGGAGGAAGCCUGUUCUUCCUGAUUGGAGGACUAGCAAAUGUCGUGAAGGUGUUCAAGAUGCAACAAAUGGGCGAUGGACUGAGGCUCGAGAAACUUCGGGGAGGCGCGCAGGAGAGGCUUGUUCACGAAAGGGAAGGCCAGGUUCCGCUUAUCCUCGAAUCACCGGAGGAGAUCAUCACAAAGAUCAUCACUGCAGAACCAGUUCCUACUCCUUACAAGGACGUUCUUAAGAACUGAGUAUUUAUCUGGUGUUGUUUUGUAGGUGACGGGUUGGUAUACAGAAUGGCUUCUGUGUCCAGUCAGCCACAGUUCCGGUACACUCAGCCACCAUCUAAGGUCCUUCAUUUAAGGAACUUGCCGUGGGAGUGUACGGAGGAGGAACUGAUAGAACUGGGAAAGCCAUUUGGUAAAGUUGUCAACACAAAGUGCAAUGUUGGAGCAAACCGUAAUCAGGCAUUUAUUGAAUUUGCAGAUUUAAAUCAAGCUAUUGCGAUGAUAUCAUAUUAUGCGUCAUCUUCAGAACCCGCUCAAGUAAGGGGGAAAACUGUUUACCUACAGUACUCCAAUAGGCAAGAGAUAGUGAACAACAAAACAGCCGCAGAUGUUGCAGGAAAUGUACUGUUGGUAACAAUAGAAGGUGCGGAUGCACGCCUUGUCAGCAUAGAUAUUUUCCACCUGGUAUUUUCAGCUUUUGGGUUUGUGCACAAGAUAACUACAUUUGAGAAGACUGCAGGAUUCCAGGCACUGGUGCAAUUUUCAGAUGCAGAAACUGCCACUUCUGCCAAAACUGCACUGGAUUCAAGAAUCAUCCCUAGGUAUCUGCUCCCCGAGUAUGUGGGACCAUGUACUCUCAGGAUAACAUAUUCUGGACACACUGAUUUGAGUGUGAAAUUUCAAAGUCACCGAAGCAGGGACUACACUAAUCCUAACCUUCCAGUUGCUCCAUCAGCCAUAGAUGGAAGUGGUCAGCUAAUUGUGGGAUUGGAUGGGAAAAAGCUAGAAUCGGAGAGUAACGUCCUUCUUGCAUCCAUCGAAAACAUGCAGUAUGCUGUCACCUUGGACGUUUUACACAUGGUCUUUUCUGCUUUCGGGCCUAUUCAAAAGAUCGCCAUGUUUGAUAAGAACGGAGGGGUUCAGGCUUUGAUUCAGUAUCCAGAUGUUCAGACAGCUGUUGUUGCCAAGGAAGCCUUAGAAGGGCAUUGCAUUUACGAUGGAGGGUUUUGCAAGCUCCACAUCUCAUAUUCACGCCAUACCGAUCUUAGCAUAAAGGUGAACAAUGACCGGAGCAGAGACUAUACGAUCCCUACCAUUCCAAUUGUGACCGCACAACCAUCAAUUCUAGGACAACAGCCGGUUCAUCAGAUGAGUCCCGCGGUGCCUCCAUACAACGGGGCUCAAUAUGCUCCAACUGAUCAGGCCGUGAUGCCUCAGCCUUCUGCAGGGUGGGGACCAACUGUUCCGGCAGUUCCUCAGUCCAUGCCCAUUCAGAUGCAUAAUCAACCGUACAUGCCACCCGGAACUAUGCCUAUAUCUUCUCCUCAAAUGGGCCCUGGGAUGAUGCAGAGCGGUCCGCCGCCUCCGCCCUACCACCGUGGUCAUGUGCAAUGACGUGACUCUUUAAGGAAACUCGCUGUUAAGUCUAGUAGAAAUUACAUUUCCCAGUUGAAGUUGUUCUCAAUUGGAAAAAGAUCCGUAACCAGAUUUCAAUUUAUCUUGAUUAUUCGUUUUCGGUUUUUCGA